AUGUAUCUGGCGGAUACGCUUUCCACUGAAUGUAUUACCGAAAAGGAGAUCUCUGCCCCUGUCCACCGCGCUGAGAAGCGCCAGAAGUCGACCACCCAGCAGACGAAGCUGGGUUACGACACUUUACUACAAAAGGGAAGACGAAAGUAA